UUUCUUUCCUGCUUCUCACACUUCUCACUUCUAAAUCCCGCAGAAACCUCUCAACAAGAAAACUCCGAUUCUUCCCCGUCAAAGGUUUUCUCUUUCGCUGUAAUUCAAAAUCAUGGGUGAUAGUCAGUACUCAUUUUCUCUCACUACUUUCAGUCCUUCCGGCAAGCUGGUUCAGAUCGAGCAUGCCUUGACGGCUGUUGGGUCGGGGCAAACAUCUCUAGGGAUCAAAGCUGCUAAUGGGGUUGUGAUUGCUACUGAAAAGAAGCUGCCUUCUAUCUUGGUUGAUGAGACAUCUGUUCAGAAAAUACAAUGCCUUACUCCAAAUAUUGGAGUUGUUUACAGUGGCAUGGGCCCAGAUUUUCGAGUUUUGGUUCGAAAAAGUAGGAAACUGGCUGAACAAUAUCACAGAUUGUAUAAGGAGCCAAUUCCAGUAACACAACUUGUAAGGGAAACUGCAGCUGUUAUGCAGGAGUUCACUCAAUCUGGAGGUGUUAGGCCUUUUGGAGUAUCCCUACUUGUUGCUGGAUUUGAUGAUAGUGGCCCACAGUUGUAUCAGGUUGAUCCUUCUGGAUCAUAUUUCUCAUGGAAAGCCUCUGCGAUGGGAAAGAAUGUAUCAAAUGCAAAAACAUUUCUGGAGAAAAGAUACACGGAUGACAUGGAGCUUGAUGAUGCCGUUCACACAGCUAUUUUAACACUGAAGGAGGGAUUCGAAGGACAAAUCUCAGGGAAAAACAUUGAGAUUGGGAUUAUUGGGACCGACAAAAAAUUCAGAGUGCUAACGCCAGCUGAAAUUGAUGAUUAUUUGGCUGAAGUGGAGUAGCUUUCAUCUUAGUGGAGACGAUUUGCAUAGACUUUAUUACAUGUGGCCUCGACUUUUAGGCUAAUAUUCAAGUCAAAUUGUUGUCAGGGAACAAAAACUUCCAUCAUUUCCUGUAUGAAUGCCUAAAUUAUUACAUUUCCUUUAUUUUAGAACUCCAAUAUCGACAUGCCAUUGAUGGGUCUUGGCCCCUCACCCGGUUUGAUAAAAUACUCUGUUUCUCUCUUGCACAUUAAUGUUUGGAUUGAAUGUUGGGUCAUCAAGAAAGCCUUAGUGAAGAAACUAUUUCUUCUUCGUCUUUCCUGUCCAGCUUCUUCAACCAACAAGCAGCCCUCGCCAUCUCCGGUUAGAGUUUAUGAGGUUGCUAUGGAGAAAAACCCUUCAAUUGUGAUAUGCUGAUAGAUGAGCUGAGGAUCCUGGAGUUUCUCUCGGGUGGGUUAAACCAUUGUUUUUUUAGGUUGACAGUGUGGCACGGUAUUCAUAAUU